UGCCCGAGAUUCACAGAAUUUACAGAAAUUGUUACAUUUUUGUGAUUUAUAUCGUUAUCGGACGAUAGAUGUCUUAAUAUCGGGAUAUGAGAUUUUGGUCAUAUCACACAGCCCUAACAACAGAGUAUAGUUUAAUCAGUAACUGAAAUUGUGCUCAGGACCAGAGAACCUGGAGCAUCUUUGUCUUCACCGGGACAACAAGGCAGUUAUCUGAGUUUGACUACAUGACUAAUAGUUUCUGCUGUACAAUUUGCAACCAUGUCAUUAUCUUUUUUUCAUUUUUGUUUUAACCUGGACUAUGAGUUUAUUUUGUGUUAGAUUUAAAAGACAGGCUGGUUAUAGCAUGCUUGUAAUAAAUCACUUUGACAGCAAGUCACAAAAAUCAACAUUUUGUGUGUGGACUUCAAAAUUGUGCAUUUGUAUUUGUCAAAUAUCUAAUCAAGUCUAAUCAACAGUAGUGACUCCCAGCAUAUUCAUCCAGGGAGGAGAACGGACAAUUACUCUGACAGAUGAAUGUCAGAGACGUGUUGUGUUACUGUUUUGGUAUUGUAUUGCAUUUUUAAAAUGUUGUGCUCAUUAAACUGUAUUUUUAAUUGGGGACAGUCAUUUUAUGUGAUGUGUUACAACUGUGUUGACUCAAACUUUGUAUUUGAUAUUUUAGUCUUGCUUAAAAAGUAAAUUAACUGUGUGGUCUGGUUAGGUACUGGGCUAUAACAAACAAGAUUCACUUGAUUCAAUUUCAUCUGGCUCUUCUAUGUUUUACAACAUAGCUGAUAUGAGGUUUGCAAUGCACUACGUAGAUUUCUACACUUUCUGAUAAUAGCAAAAGAUUAAAAAAAAAAAGGAAAAAAGUGUUUGAGGCCAAUAAUCUGCUUUAAAAACAAAACAACACAAAGAAACAAAAAAAGGAAGGUCGAGAGCUGUGGCACUUGCAUAUAAAAGUGUCACUUGGCUGUUUACCCAACUAAAAUGCUAAAAUACUGUUCUGUUUUUCUCCAUGAGGACGAGGUUUCAUGCAAACAGCUGUAUUAUGAAACUUCCCGUUAGCGCUAGCCUUUCCGGCUGCUUUAGUUUCAUUUUCAGGGGAACAGAAACCUAAAGUGAGUUAUGUCUGCUCCUACACAGAGAGCUCAGACACUGGCAGAAGCAGGCUAAGGCAGGAUGUUGAAGAUAUCAGGACAAAUCAGCUGCUGUGUGGCUCUCCUCCUGACCCUCUCCUCUGUGUCAGCUGUAAGACGAGCGCUCAAUUCAAUCAGUGACCUGAAGACGGUAGGCUUUGGCCAGUCUGUGCCUGAGUACAGCCUCCGCUUGCUCCACUGGUUUGCCAAUGAAAUUGACAUUAACAACAAUGAUGAUAUCCUGCUGACCUUUGACCCAAACAGUGGUGAUUAUGGCUCACAUUAUUAUCGCAACGAUGAAGAGCUGUUAGACCCACUGCCGAGGGGAUACCGAUACUACACUGUUGGUAAUAGCUACCAAGAUGCAUCUCUGGAACUUCCAGAUUAUGUCGCGGAGUCGGACAUUGAGGACAGUAACAGGGUUCGCAUUAUAAUUAGAGUCAGGCAGCAGAAUGCAGCACGGAUAAUAGACCAAGUCUAUAUCACACAGCAUUAUGAGACAUAUGAAGAUCAAGGGACAGAUUAUGAUCCACAACAUACAUAUCCAGUCACUGUCUGCCUCCUAAGAGCGAUCAGAAAGUUUUCCUUGGACCGCAAUAACAUCAACUCAAUGAGGUCUCUCAGAGACCACUUUGGAAGCAGUGCUGAUGAUUCCCAGCUAUGGGACAUUAUGGAUAUCUGGGAUGAGCUUGCUUGUCUUGGACUGUUUUUGUUUAUUGUGAUCCCAGAAAAGUAUUCCUCUCACAAACACAACAGCAGACGUCAGCCAGCACCAAGAAGGAACACACAACCUGAUUUGGAGAGCAGGCAAAAUGUCACUUCUGGGAUGUCUGCAAAAGAUCAAGUGGAUCAUAGAAAUGGGAUAAAACUGAAGGUGACAACAGGCAAAAGUGGAAACGCCAGAAUUAUUUGGAGCAAUGUUCAUAGUGACCUUCUUAAACGAAAUGUGAUGGUGGCACUUUACCAGAAUAAUCAGGAAGAGAAAGCCCUGACUUCUAAAUGUAUUGAGAACAUAGCGUCAGGCAGUUAUGACACAUCAGUACCCCUGAAUGAAGGCCUUCAGGUACGACUGCAUGAGGUUAGGACUCUAUUUUUCUUCUGGAAAUCAGUAGGAAAGGAGAUAGACAGAGGCAGCGAGUUUAAAAAUCCCAAAGCUGUGAAUAUAACAGGAUACAAUGCUAACCUGCAACUCUUUGCAAAUGACGGCAAGGCUUGUGCUCGCUUAACAGUGACAAAGUCUUUCCAUAACUGGAAGUCUGAAUUUAAAAAGGCGUGGGUAGGUUUCUAUAGCUCUGAAAAUAACGCCACAAAAAACUAUGAACGGUGGCAAUGGCAAUGGGCAACAAAAUUCAAAGAAAACAAUUCUCAGGACAAUUAUAAUGUAUACGAGUACGAGUCAGACAUGACAAUUGCCCCGGGAGUGCAAGCACGCUUCAUACUGCAUGAUGAAAUAGAGAAAGCAAGAACCUCACCCUGGGCUGAAUGAAGAAAUUUACUCCUUUAAAUACUGAUUGAAUAAUGUUUUUUAAAAAGCCAAAGAAAGAAAGUAGAGACAAGUGUUAGCAGCAGAUUUUAAUUUCAGGUCAUUACCAGCCUCUUAAGAGUGAUCAGAAAGGUUUCUAGAGACCACUUUUGAAGAAACGAUCAUGAUUACCAGCUAUGGGACAUUACAAACAUAUGGUUGUUGUUUAUUGUUGUCAAGAGGCUUGGCCCUAUACUAUGAAGCAAACCCCGAGUAUCUUUCAAUUACCUGGAUUCACUGGUGAUCAGGAUACAUAGUCAUACGAAGCUGUUUAUCAACUUGCCAAGUUAAUUCCCAGCUUCUUUCACAUGAAAAGGGUGGUCUUAGCAUCUGAUUGAUCUCAAAGGAGCAUUUCAUAGAUCAUAUACACAAAAAGAUCCCUACGCAACCUAAACCAGACAUUAUCAAAUGGUGAUUAAAAAUCUGUAAACAUAGUAACAUUGAAAAAAUAAAUAAAUAAAAUUGUAUAAAUGUUUUUAUACUUCACUUUAAAUGCUGCUAAAUCUUAUAAUACAGCCACUGGGACACAAAAAGAAAAACACCAAGAAUACCUAUUCAACAAAUCAAAUCAAAGUCACUUUGAUCUGCAGACAAACUGAAGUCAUUUCAACAUCUCCUUUAUUAGCCUGUGGGACAGUAAGUUUUAAUGUUCAAAUGCAUCUAGUGUAAACAGCUGUAAUGUGCAUCCAUCACCUUAGAAAUAAUCAACAGCACAGAGCAUGCACUCAGCCAUAAAAUAAUUAAUGUGAAUUAAAAUGUUUACUUUACCACUCAAUGCACUAAGUCACAAGAUUAAUGAGUUUCUCUCAUCCUUUUUGCAACAGUGUUGCAUUUUACAGUUUAUGUUCUUUGCAUAAUUUUGAUCAACAUUUAUCAUCAUCUGAUAAGGUCUGUGAUAGCAACACUCGUAGGGAUCAUUUUGUGUGGAGGACGAGUCAUAUGACCCGUGAAACACCCCUUUUAGAUUGGUGUUGGCAGCAUCUGACCAACCGUUUUAUGUGAACAUGCAGGGGAAACCCUGGAGUUAAUGAGUUGAUAACUAGCUUCGUGUAACUGUUUAUUCAAUUGCUGAUGUUAGAGUAAGUAAAUCCAAAUAACAGAAAGAUACCCUGGGUGUGUAGAACUUGCUUCAUAGUACAGGCCUCUGAAAAGCUACAACUCUAACCUAAAUCACCUAUUGCAGGCUGCAACACAAGGAAACAACAACCAUGAGAUAGCACCUUUGGAAUCAGGGCUUCUCCAACAUACGUGUGCAAGGACUAAUUUAACUAAAAUCAACAUCAGCACAUAGUUUAAAUCGAGCUUCUCUGUUAGAAUUGACUGUUACCGACUACAGAAUCCUGUUACAUCAUUAUUCUUACUUGCUGUCUUGAUACACUCCUAGCAAGUUUUUACUUUUUUCAGCACCUUAGCUCCUGAACGUUUUUUCCUGGUAUUUCUUCUGCAUCAGUGAAGACUGUAUUUUUCAAAAAGAACAAAUUCAGAUAGUGAGGCCAUUAGUAAUUAUUGGCCUAUUUCAAAUCUUCCAUUUAUUGGCAAGAUUACGUAUUACGAUUAAGUAACUGCUUGAAAACAAAUUUCUACUAUGAAAUUUUCCAAUCAGGAUUUCAUCAAUGUCACAUCACAUAAACUGCUCUCAUUAAAAAGGUGUUCAAUGAUAUUUACUAUCAUUGUUAUAUAUUUUUUUAACAUUUUUAAAUUUUAAUCAUACUUUUCUGUUCAUUCAUCAAUUCAUUUUUAAUACAUAUAUUUUCUUAAAAAAUAAAGUUAUUUUAAUCCAAUUUCGUAAAAUACUUUGAAUGACUGUUGAGUAAACGCUGAUAUUUAAACACAUUAGCACACUGCCUUGCCUUCAAACCAGUAAAUAACACAAAGAGGCACAACAUGCUCUAGAUAUCAACUGAACCGAGCUAUAGUCGCCUUACUGUUCACCAAGAAAAGGCCCCGACCACCAGCAGGAUGUUUAAUUAAACAUGGAAACAAAAAUCCAGCAGGAGUUGUUACAUUGUACGCUUUGCAGCCAUCUGUUUAAUUUUACUUUGUGCUGUAUGGAUUUGCUUUCUAAAUCUUGCAUAGAAUGCUUGUAAUGAAAUGUUUGGGAUUUCUAAAUAUCUUUUUAGCAUUUGAACUACAUAAAAUUCUGCUUACUGUGUAUGAUAUAAUAGCUCGCCACAGAUUUGUAAGAAAAAAGGACAAUUGCUCUGAUCGAUGAAUCUUGAAUAAGACAUGCAUUUUAUAGAUGUUUUUUGUAUUUCUUCUGUCAUCUUGAAAAGUGUGUGUUCAUUAAACCAUUUUUUCAAGUGUGCAA